AUGCAGCCAAUUGAGUGGAUUGAGAAAAAUAAAGGAGAAAGGGUUAGAGUGGUUUUAAGAACAGGGAGAGUAUAUUCUGGGACUUUUAUCAGCUACGACUCAAAUGUAAACAUUCUCUUUGAGGAUUUGUCUUGCUGGAAUACCAAGGAGAAAAUUGGAAAAUCGAUUCUGAAUGGAACAACAGUAGCAUACAUGGAGAGAUUAGUAAAUUAG